CCUACGAGACAAGGGAGCUCAGGGACUCCAGAAAGGUCUAUGGUGAUCAUCAUUGCAUUCCUAACUGGGUCGCUUUCUCUGGUCACUGUGGUUGGAAACAUCCUGGUGUUGGUGUCCUUUAAAAUAAACAAGGCCCUAAAGACAGUGAAUAACUAUUACCUGCUCAGCCUGGCAUUUGCAGACCUGACCAUCGGGACACUGUCCAUGAACCUGUACACCACUUACAUCAUCAUGGAUCAGUGGGCUCUGGGCCCCGUCGUCUGUGACCUCUGGCUUGCUAUAGACUAUGUGGCCAGUAAUGCCUCGGUCAUGAACCUGCUUGUAAUCAGCUUUGACAGGUAUUUCUCUGUGACCCGACCUUUAACCUACCGGGCCAAGCGUACCACAAAACGAGCCAUGACGAUGAUCUGCUUAGCCUGGUCCAUCUCUUUUAUCCUCUGGGCUCCUGCCAUCCUCUUUUAUCAGUACAUUGUUGGCGAGAGGACAGUCCAACCCAAUGAGUGCUACAUCCAGUUCCUGUCAGAGCCCAUCAUCACCUUCUGUACGGCCAUCGCUGCCUUCUACCUGCCGGUCACCAUCAUGGCCUUCCUGUUCUGGAAGAUCUUCCAGGAGACAGAGAAGCGUGCCAAAGAGUUCCAAGGUCUGAAAGGAUCCGGGGCAGGAAACAAAUCAGGCAAGGCUCAGCCUCAAGGUGCACGUGGUGGAGGAGAUGCAGCAGCCAACAAUCAGAACGAUUCCUCCGCCAUGCAGCGCCAGAUGAGUGCUCAGAGCAGCAGCAGCUACGAACUGAACCAGACCAAGGACAGUGCCAGCAUGCCAGGAGGAGGAGAAGGUGGAGGAGGAGGAGGAGGAGGACGGUGUGCAGCCUUCUGUUUCAAGUGUUCAUCACUGCUGCCGGGUCGACAUGCCUCCAAGAAGUCCAUCAACACCACCACAACCACUGCAGGCGAGGCUGAGCACAGCAGCUGUGACAGCCUCAACAACAACGAAGAGGAGGAGGAGGAGGCAGAUGGAGCAACAGACCAAUCAGCUGCAGCCAAGGACCCUGCAAUGGCCAAACGUCUCGCCUCCAAGGCUAAGACGGAGAUUAACAAGCGAAAGAACGACAAGAAGGCUAAUGAGAAGAAGGCCAAUGAGAAGAAGGCCAAUGAUAAAAAGGCGGCGCGGACGCUGAGCGCCAUCCUGUUUGCCUUCAUCACCACCUGGUUACCGUACAACAUCAUGGUGCUGGUCAACACCUUCUGUCAGGACUGCAUCCCAGAGACGCUGUGGGCGCUGGGAUACUGGCUGUGCUACGUCAACAGCACGGUGAACCCCAUGUGCUACGCUCUGUGCAACAAGACCUUCAGGACGACCUUCAGGGACAUCUUGAUGUGUCAGUGGAACCAGAAGAAGAACAAGCCUCAGUUCCAGCAGAGGAAAAACGCCACUUUAAAAAAAUAGGACCCCAUGUCAACUGAGUGAGAGUGAGAGUGAAGCAUUUCCUGAUCCUUAAUCAGAGUGUGAAUGCAGCAUGAAAACUUUAAAUGUCAGAUGAAAAGAUCCUGAACUCAAUCUGUAAAACCAAAUUCAUCCAGCCGAAUGGGAAGAUCUCAAAAGCCAUCAGAGGGACCUGAAGCUGCUCUGUCAGU